AUGGAAGAAGGGAAAUCUGUCCUACCGCACCGUUGUCCUCAGGACAUAAGGCACCUCUACGUGCCUGUGCAUGAGAUCGCCGACAAAGUUCAUACCGUCCGCGAAACUUUCAAGACGCAAAAGACUUUCCCGCUUUCAUUCCGGAAGGAGCAGCUUCGAAGACUGUACUAUGUUCUCGAGGACCAUGCAGACGAGUUCGUGGACGCCAUGUACCAUGAUAUGGGAAAGCCGAGGAAAGAUGCCUUGAUGGAAUUGACGAGUUGCUUGAAUGAAAUAUGUCACACGGUCGAGAAUAUGGAGCACUGGUUGGCGGAUCAGGAGGUCAAGUCGGAUCUGAACUUUUGCAUGGCCAGCACCAGAAUUAAGAGAAAACCUUUGGGGUGAGUAAUGGAUGUUCCGGCGCAAAUUUUAACGCAGAAAGGGAGACAGCAGCGCCAUGGCUGACAAGAUGAUAGCGUUGCCCUUAUUAUGACCUCUUUCAACGCACCAUUGUCGGGGGCAGUAUGGCCAUUAUCUAGUGCCAUUGCUGGAGGUAGGUAUCUUCGGAAUUACCGCUCUAUUUAAUCUAACCUAGGCAUCAGGAAACUGUUUCGUUCUCAAACCCGCCGAGGGCUCCCCCGGCGUUGCCGCGCUCUGGACAAAAUAUCUCUACGAGAACCUCGACAAGUCCUUCCAUACUGUUGUAAACGGUGAAAUCCCUGAGACCACCGAACUCCUGAACCAGAAGUUCGACCAAAUCUCCUGUACGGGAAGUGCCACGGUCGGUCGAAUUGUCGCCACCGCUGCAGCGAAGCAUCUUACACCGUGUGUGUUGGAACUGGGUGGGAAGAACCCUGUACUCAUCGAUAGGGAUGUGGACCUUGAUGAUGCGGCCAAGAAGAUAGCAUGGGCGAGAACAAUGUUUGGCGGGCAAACUUGCCUGUGCCCCGGUGCGUAUCUACAUUCCAUGAUCCCCUUGAGGACAUAAAUCGAGAGCUGACCAGAACGGGAUGCAACAGAUUACAUCUUAGUCCAUCCAGACCAAACCACCGAACUAAUAGCCAAAGUUGAGCACCACUGGUCCCAAUUCUGGUCACAGCCCCUAAUAAACGAUCCUAAAUACGGGCGAGUCGUGCACAAGCGCGCCUACGAACGCAUAACCUCCCUCCUGGGCCCCUCGCGCAUCCCCGCCGAGGCCUCGGAAGCAGACCUCUUCCUCCCGCCCAUGAUCCUCCGCGUGGAGAGGGACGACCCAUUGAUGUCACAGGAGAUCUUUGGUCCGAUAGUCUGCGUGCUCGAAUGCUCCUCCAUCGAGGAUGCUAUCUCCUUCGUGAACUCUGGCGAUCGCCCGCUCGCGGUCUACCCUUUCUCUAAAAACUCCAAGUGGGUGGAAACGGUCCUGCAAAAGACGCUCGCUGGCACCGCCACAGUCAAUGACCUGAUGUUGAGCGGUGGGCCGGCUGGGUUUGAGUUCGGUGGUGUUGGGGAGAGUGGAUACGGGAAGCUUAAGGGGAGGGCAGGCCUUUAUAGUUUUACCUCUGCCAUGACAAUCGUGGAGACACCUAAGUGGAUGGGUUACUUAACUGGCGUGCGGUUCCCGAACGCUACGCCGUUCGACGAUUGGCUUGCCAGCUUAGGGAAGCCGAAGCCCAAGUUUAGUAGGAAAGUCGGAAGUGCAGACAAAGUGGGAAAGAAUCGUACGGGUAUUGUUAGCAAUGCCACCCCGCUGACCUGGGCAGUCGCGAUGUUGGUUGUUGCUGCUGCUCUUCACAAGGAUGGAGGUAUCCGGGAGAUCGGGAGAUGGGCAUGUAUGAUUUCAAAGGCUGUUCCCGAUUUGUAG